AUGGAAGCUGGAUUACAGCAGCAGCUUAAACAGCUACAGCAACCAAAUGCCAGCUUGGAUGCUCUGGCAAGCUCAGAUAUUUUCAAGCCUACCCCGCGGAGUUAUAGCCUGAAUGACUCUACCAGACUGACUUACCAGAGGGCGAAAGCAUUUGCCAAUGCCUAUGGUUUGACACUCAAGGAUGUGCUAUAUCUCACCCCUAAGUUCUGGAAGCUGCACCGAGAGCCUCUGGUAGCACUUGAUGGAGGAGCCUUUACCCUGCUCAGUAUUCAAUGUAAUCUUUUUGUGGGCACACUGGCUCCUUUUGCCUUGGAGCGUACUGAGCUUCAGCCAAUUCUUCAAUCUGCUUUGGACUUUGACAUCUCGGCACAAUUCAUGUUGACCGAAGUCAGUCAUGGAUUGGAUGCACGAAAUAUCCAGACAACUGCAACGGUUCUCCCCAGUGGUGAAAUUGAUCUCCACACUCCAUCCCCAAACGAUGCAAAGGUUAUGCCGCCGACUACUACCAGGGGUGGUAUUCCAGUAGUUGCAAUUGUGAUGGCUCGUCUUGUGAAUAGGAAUAAAGACUGUGGAAUCCGGCCGUUUCUAGUUCAGCUUGGAAGUGGAAAAGAAAUGUGCAAGGGUAUCGUGUCGAAAGCCUUACCUCUUCGGACUGGCACACACCCGGUCGACCAUGCUAUCACAUACUUUGACCAUGUUCGCCUACCAAUAUCUGCCCUACUGGGUAGCACAGAAGAGAUUCAGAACCAACGAGAGAGCUUUUUCAAGUCAAUUCAUCGCGUUGCAGUCGGAACUCUCUUCCUCUCGGGCUGUGUUAUUCCAUUUCUCAAACUUGCCGCCUUCAAUGGCGCAAGUUUCAGCCAGAACAGGCUUGUCAGUGGAAACAAUGGAAGCCCAGUAGCUGUGAUUGAGUUCCGGACUCAACAAAUGCCCAUCCUCCACGCUGUCGCCCAGUAUAGUGUGUUAGAACCAUUCCUUAUUUCUGCAGCAAAUGCAUUCAGAAAUCAGAGUUUGGACCCUAGAGUGCGUCACGGGAUAGCCACAGCCUUCAAAGCAGUGGCACUGGGCCAUUUCAGCAAGAGUGUGAAGGCCAUAAAUGAACGAUGUGGUUGGCAAGGACAUUAUGAGAGUAAUCAGAUUCUUCAGUUGGAGCUUGAAAUGCGCGGUGCAUCAACGGCAGAGGGUGAUAUCCGAGUUCUUGCCAUCCGACUUUCUUCGGAGAUUUUGAUUGACCGGUACCGGAUGCCACCCCCCAAGGAUCCUAAAACCCCUCUUGCUCGACACGAAGCCUCUUUGUUCUCUGAGGCGAGAACAUUGUUGCAACAAGGUGCCAAGGGAACUCACCGCAGCAAACAGUUCAAUCGGGAUAUUCUCCCUCUUGCUCUUCCAUUGGUUGAGGCAAUUGGCCACAGAAUGGCAUAUGAAGCUGCCGUAGAAGCCAAUAUUGAUCCGAGCCUGUUGGAUCUUUAUGAGUGUGGGGUUGUGAAGGAAGAUUCGGCUUGGUAUGUUGAGCAAGGCGGGAUAAGCCGGGAGGUCCAACGUGAGAUGGAAGCUCAUGCAGCAGAUAUAUUGCUUCCUAAGCUGAAUGAUCUUCUGUUGGCUUCUGGUGUACAGCCAUAUAGUCAGGCCCCCAUGACCUCGAAGAACUUGUGGGAUGAUUUUGUUGAGGGGCUGGAGGUCUUCUCCGGAGACGCGCCUUCAGAUCUCCUCUCAAAUAUUAUCGGAUCUAAGUUCUAG